UGUUAAACUAAAGCAUCUCUGUUACCACUAUUGAUAUGUUUUGAGUCUUAACUUUUAGACAUUUCACUCAGGAAUUCGAAUGAAAAUCGCCAUGUUGUAGUAAAUCUGCUGACGUUCCACCAUUCUUGCUGAAAAUUGUCGAAGAUAGUGGAAUCCAACUCGUGGAAUCUCAUAGUGCAAGCUUAAUAUAUGAUUGUAGAGAAAGUAACUCCUCAGUGAAAAUGACUUGCAAAUUGUCAACUGAUUUCGUUUCAAACGAUCGGACUGAUCAGCAUAUCCCCCUAGCACAAAAAUAAACACUUGAAAAAAUUCAUUCAGAAUGUUGUUAUCAUAGGGCACCCUAUGCCCCAUUAUUGCUAUAAUUCAUGAAAAUAAAAUGAAUCAGUCUGAAUAUUGUCACAAUUAAAACAUGUUCAUGUUAAGAAUCGGACUUUGUCAAUAUUGAUUAACAACUAACAAUACUUACAGAAAGUCCUUUAAUACCCAAAUCUUAGGACAAUGUGACUAGGGAAUGUCAUAUGGAAAUACCUGCACAACAUAAACUCUUUCUAUAUGAUCUCUCUAGGCAAUCACUGAAGAUUAAGGUUAUUCUUUUUGUUGCAUGCUUUUUUUUUAGAUUUGAAUUUAAGUUAAAGAUGGCACUAGUAUAAUAUUAUGUUCUUGAAUUUUAUGUUGUUUCCAGUGAAGCGUUCGAGGAAGGGAGAGCCAAAGGUGCCAGUAAAUGAGAAUUCCCCUGUCAUCCAGGCAUUUAGAGUGUACCAAUCAGAAUUGGACACAAGGCAUGACAAACAUGAGCGCCUAGUCAAAGUGAGCAGGGACAUAACCAUUGACAGCAAGAGAACGAUUUUCUUACUUCAGAGGGUGGCAGGGUCAGAUUCUGAAUCUGCAUUGUUAGAGGAGGCUUCAGAUAAAAUAAAACAGAUCCAGAAAGCCAAGUUUGUCUUGAUAGCAGAAGAAUUACAAGAUGAAGACCCAUACAGAUUCAUUAGGGCAUACUCACCAGGUCUACAGGAAUAUAUUGAAGCAGUCUCAUUCUUUAAAUACAUCAAGUGCAAGGAAUUAGUAACACUACAAGAAAUCCAGCAGGAUCUGAUCUUUCCCAAGCAUAAUGACAGUGGACAAACAUGUGACCAAGAGAGCCAAAUGCAACCAGAAAUGGUCGAUUCACAGGAAUGUAACAUUUCCCCUACCCAGUCAGAGCAAAAGGGCACAAUUGAAGUCCAUGUUCCACCUAUUGAAUACAUGCUUGGGGUGGCAGACCUUACCGGAGAACUAAUGCGAUUGGCUAUCAACAGUGUUGGGGCUGGGAACCUUGACAUCCCAUUUGAGGUUUGUGAAUUCUUGAGAAAAAUGCAGUCAGGAUUUCAGUCAUUCAGCUAUGUAUCUAGGGAAGUGAAAAAGAAACUUCACACUCUGAAUCAAAGUCUGCAGAAGGUAGAGACGGCAUGUUACACCCUACAGGUGCGCGGGUCGGAGAUCCCAAAACAUAUGUUAGUGGAUGUUCUCAGUUCCCCCAUGAGUGAUAUACACAUGUACACUGACGAUCAGGCCAUGGAUGAAUAGCCUUGGUGAAGAUUUUUCAAUAACAUGUGAUGUGUUGUAUAUUAAAAUCUUGAAGUAUUGAA